AAUGCAAAAGACGUCGUUUUGGAGAUUCGGGCUCCAACGUAAAAGGCCCAAAAAAACCCCUCUGGAUCUGAUGACGGAGGAGAAGUACGAACGACCAUCGUCGGCUUCGUUCCUCACUCUCAACAUUUUCUAGGGUUUUAAUCAACAAUGGCGAAUCUUAUGCACAGGUUUCUCAGGAACCAAUCAUGUCUAAGAUCAAUCCCGAGACUCACUCACAAUCUUAUACCACAUCAGAAGCCUUGCAUCAGCAACGUCGAGUCUGUUUCUGUAGAAUUCGAUCCAGUUCCUAUUACUAACCCCGUGAUUACCGUCGCCGAUAAAUCUCUUCACUUUUACCCGAGUUUCCCAAUCGGGUACGGUUUUAACCCGACUCUGAUUCCUGAUUUGGGUCUAAUUGAAACGGUGUCGUCGUUGGCGGAUGCGGUGAUGGAGGAGAAGGAUGAGAAGGAGGCGGUGAUUUAUGCAGACAGUGUGAAGAAGAAGAGGAAGAAGAAGAUGAACAAGCACAAGUACAGGAAACUCAGGAAGCGUAUGGGGAGAAAAUCGUAGAAGCUUUGCUUGCUAAUAUUCCGGUGAGAAAUUUGAAAACCUUUUUUGUCUUCUAAAUAUUGGGCUUCAUGUCCGAAUCAUAUUUCUUUGAAUUAGAUCGAUAAUGUUACAAUGUAUUGAGGAAUCGACAGAUUGUUUUUCUCGUUACAGUCA